AACAUCCCACAUAUAAAAGACAUCAAGCGUCCAUCGCCUGUUGGGAAGCGACCACCUCUUCCCCCCCGCGAACCCCGUACUUCGCCCGACCCCACUCUACAGGCGGAUCGUGUUCCUACGCGUCCGUUACGGAUCCCGAACGUCAUACUCAAACCAAGUCCCCAUUUUUCUUGUGGCGAUCAUCCUCUAGAUCUCCCUCCAUCAUGCAGACCAAGCACUUCUUCUCCGACCCAACCCAUCUGGUCCAGACGGCUCUACACUCGCUCACUCUGACGAACCCUUCUCUUGCGUACGACCCCGACAACAAGAUCAUUUUCCGUCGCCCCGAUGCCGCCUCGAAGUCCAAGGUCGCCAUUGUGUCCGGCGGAGGCUCCGGCCAUGAGCCUGCCUUCGCGGGCCUGGUUGGCAAGGGUUUUCUAGAUGCUUCGGCCGCCGGCACUAUCUUCGCGUCCCCCUCUGCGGAGCAGAUUCGCAAGGCCGUGAUGGACUGUAUUGAUCACGAGAAGGGCGUCCUCAUCAUCCCCAUGAACUACACCGGUGACGUACUCAACUUCGGCAUGGCCACAGAGAAGGCCCGUGCUGCCGGUAUCAAGACCGAGUUCUUCGCGAUUAACGAUGAUGUCGGUGUUGGCAAAAGGAAGGGCGGCAAGGUUGGUCGUCGUGGUAUUGGUGGUGGAAUUCUCAUCUUGAAGAUUGUCAGCGCGCUGGCCGAAGCUGGUGGAUCCCUCGAAGAUGUCUACCGCACUGCUCAGUUGGCGAACAAGAACAUCGUGUCGCUUGGAUCGUCUCUGGAGCACGUUCACAUCCCCGGCAGACCUGCGCAAACGGAUACGAUCCCGCAUGGCGAAGUCGAGGUCGGAAUGGGCAUUCACAACGAGCCCGGCUCCCACCGGGUCAAGUUCACCCUGGUUGAUCUGGUAUCGACCAUGCUCCUUCAGCUCCUGGAUCACAACGAUCCCGACCGCGCGUGGAUUACCCGCAAGCCCGAGGACGACUUCGUGCUGUUGAUCAACAACUUGGGUGGUGUCAGCAGCUUGGAGCUAUCCGGUAUCACCGACGAGGUGUACCGCCAGCUUGAGAGGGACUACAACGUCAAGCCCGUGCGUGUUAUUCAGGGAACCUUUUUAACCAGCUUGAACGGCCUGGGAUUCAGCAUCUCCCUGCUAAAGCUCGUGGACAGUGGCCUGGGCUCCGGGAAGUCCUUCCUGGAACUUCUUGACGCCCCCGCCGAGGCCGUGGGCUGGUCUGCCCCGAUCCGCACUGAAACCUGGAACAAGCACAGGUCCGAGGCUCCCGUGGAGCUGAAGAGGACCAAGCUGCCUGAGGACAACCCCAGCAACGUGAAGUUGGAUGCUGGCAUCCUCAAGAAAGUUCUGAGCACCGCACUCAAGCGCGUCAUCGCGGCUGAGCCCGAAGUCACACACUACGACACGAUCGUCGGCGACGGCGACUGCGGCGUGGGCCUGAAGCGUGGCGCCGAGGCGGUCCUGAAGCUCCUCGAAGACCCAGCCUCCAAGAUCACGGACGACGCCGUGAACGCCGUGAACCGGAUCGUCAACGUCGUCGAGAACACCAUGGACGGCACUUCUGGCGCCAUCUACGCCAUCUUCUUGAACGCUCUGGCCCACGGUCUCCGUGGCCAAGACAAAGGCACGACCACGCCCGCCACCGCCGAGGUAUGGGCUUCCGCGCUGUCGUACUCCCUCUCCGCCCUCUCCAAAUACACCCCCGCCCAACCAGGCGACCGCACAAUGCUCGACGCCCUGGUGCCCUUCUGCACUCAACUCCAGCGCGCCAAGGACGUGCACGUCGCCGCCAAAGCCGCCCAGGAAGGCACCGAGGCCACCAAGGGCAUGAAAGCCAGUCUGGGCCGCAGCGUCUACGUCGGCGGCGAGGAGCAAUGGGUUGGCAAGAUCCCCGAUCCGGGCGCCUACGGACUCAGCGUGCUCUUGAACGGUCUGGCUGAGGCUCUCUAAGGGAGGGGAGUUGGUUGUAAGUGUGAGGGGUAUUUCCUUCGCGGGUACAUAUCUUAUAUUGCAUCAGAUCAUGAUGAGGGGGAGGAGGAAGAUGAUAUUCU